AUGGUUGCAACUAUUGUGAAGCAUUCUACAAAGGACAUCGGCAACGAGGAGGAAAAGCAUGGGAGACAGAGGAUCUCCUUGCUUGAGACCUCUAUGACAGGGGAAGGAGCCAAUGGGGUCUUCGCAGCGGGAGACGCUGACGUCAGCGGGCUGCCGGUUUAUGUGAAGGAGCUGAUUGCUGGGGGAGCGGCUGGGGCUUUCGCUAAGACGGCGGUGGCCCCUCUGGAGAGGGUCAAAAUUCUCUUGCAGACAAGAACUGAAGGGUUCAAAUAUCUUGGAAUAAUCCAAUCUCUGAAGAAGUUGAAGCAACAUGAGGGCAUCCUUGGAUUCUAUAAGGGAAAUGGUGCUAGCGUUCUUAGGAUUGUUCCAUAUGCUGCAUUGCACUUUAUGACCUACGAGCAGUAUCGGUGUUGUCUUUUAAACAACUAUCCCUCGCUGGGAACAGGACCUUUCAUAGAUCUGUUAGCUGGUUCGGCUGCUGGUGGAACUGCAGUUUUGUGCACCUAUCCAUUGGAUUUGGCUCGAACAAAACUUGCUUAUCAGGUAAUUUCAUACUUUUAUCCAUCACAUGUACAUACAUAUGUAUAUAUGUAUGUCAUGAAGAAACUGAGUUUGCAAACCUUGGUUUUAGAAAAUCAUACAUUUUCAUUUAUGCUGACCUUUACUUUCUUUUGAUUGUAUAGUCCAACUUCUCUACUGUAUAUAUAUUUUUCUGCGAUUUGUAUCAUUAUAGUUUUUGUCUUAUUAUAUAAAGUAUUAAUUAAGGUUCAAUAAGGUUGCAAUGGGCCCAAUCUGGUCAUUGGUUGGCCGACCAUGUAGCGAUAGCCUGAAAUUACCCAUGUUAAAUGUUUGAGGAACUUCUGCCUGAACUAUAUCGUCUGUUCAUGGUUUACUUGAACGUGGUUGUCACUCUUCUACUAAGUGGGUUAGUUCUAGUUAGGUCGUGUGGAUAGAGGUUUGAACUUUGAACAGACUUGAUCCUUUCUAUUUAAAACAACUGAUUGUACAGGAGGCAAAAUUCGAAGUCCAGACAAUUUUUUACACCCAAAUCCAUACAAGGAAAUGCUGUCUGACCAAAACACUGCUAGGUCUGUGGUAAAUAAAACACGCGAACAAGUUAUAUGUGAGUUGUUUUUCGUCAUUUGGUUUCUCUUUAGCCUUAUUGCUCAUUGUUUUAAAGAGUCUCUGCCCAACCGCCUAGGUGUACAUGUAGACCUAGGCAGUGCCUUGGCCGCCCACCUAAUGUCUAGUGCCUAGGUGGUAUCUAGGCUGUGCACCUAAGUUAUGGGAGAAUCUAGGGGAGUGUGUGUUGCUUACGCGGUUCGCACCCUUUAUGCCUUGAUCGUGAUUUCCUCCGUUGCAGACUUCACGUCCUCCAAGCUCCUCAAACUCCUCCAGCCUCCAACUAUGAGCACCUCUACCUCCUCUGACAUUUAGAAAAUCCUCCACCACCACAUUGGUAUUUACUAACAAUUAUUGUAAUUAAGAAAAUAAAAAAUAGGAUAACCGUCUAGGCUCCCGCCUAGGCGUCGGGUUCAAAUGCCUAGGUGAUGCGAAACAAUGUGAUGCAGGUAUGAAGAUUAACGACAACAAUGCUUCGCCAAAUCAGCGAUCGAUCUAGGCAGGAAGCUCAAGAAUAAAGUGUAGCUUUCGAUGGUUUUUAAGCAAAAGUUGCAAUGUACUAAGUUCAAAUCUUUUGUAAAUGAUCCAGAAAAUAAAUGUAAUGAUUCGUUCUCUCAA